UUGAGAUUCCCAUGGAAUUCCCGGCUCCGGAAUUCCCCAAGUUUUUGGAUUUCCCAUGAGUCUCUCGCCGCCGGAAAUUCCAGGUUUUCCGUAGGAUUCCCACCAUGAGCGGCCUCGGCGACGGCUCCGCGGAUCCGGCCCUUCCCGAAUCCCGGAAGCGCAAAGGAUCCCCCUGCGACCCCGGCCAGAGCGCGGAGAAGCGCCGGCGGGAGCAGGAGCAGCGGUACCUGGCGGAGCUGGCGGAGCUGCUGUCGGCGAACCUCGGCGACAUCGACUCGCUCAGCGUCAAACCCGACCAGUGCCAGAUCCUGAAAAAAACCGUGGAUCAGAUCCAGCAGAUGAAACGGCUGGAGCAGGAGAAAUCCACGGAUGACGACGUCCAGAAAUCCGACGUCUCCUCCAGCAGCCAGGGCGGCGUCAUCGAGAAGGAAUCCCUGGGGCCGCUCCUGCUCGAGGCCCUGGACGGAUUUUUCUUCGUGGUGAACCGGGAGGGCCGGAUCGUGUUUGUGUCGGAGAACGUGUCGGGAUAUUUGGGAUACGCGCAGGAGGAGCUGAUGAACUCCAGCGUUUACAGCGUCCUGCACGUGGGAGACCACGCCGAGUUCGUCCGAAACCUCCUCCCCAAAUCCCUGGUGAACGGCGUUCCGUGGCCGCAGGAGUCUCCGCGCCGCAGCAGCCGCAGUUUCCAGUGCCGGAUGUUGCUGCGGCCGCCGGAGGAGCCGGGAGCCGACGGCGCCGAAAUGCGACCGCGCUACGAGGUCAUGCAGUGCUUCACCGGCUGCCAGCCACGGAGGCUCCAGGAGGAGGGGGAAGAUUUCCAGUCGUGUCUGAUCUGCAUCGCCCGGAGGCUGCCGCGCCCGGCCCCCCAAGCCCCGGUCGAGUCCUUCGUCACCAAACAGGACACCACGGGAAAAAUCAUCUCCAUCGACACCAGCUCCCUGCGCGCCGCCGGCCGGACGGGCUGGGAGGAUCUGGUCCGGAAAUGCAUCUACGCCUUCUUCCAGCCCCAGGGCCGCGAGCCCUCCUACGCCAAGCAGCUCUUCCAGGAAGUGAUGACGCGGGGCGCGGCCUUCAGCCCCUCGUACCGCUUCACGCUGAGCGACGGCUCGGUGCUGAGCGCCCACACCAAGUGCAAGCUCUGCUACCCCUCGAGCCCGGAGCUGCAGCCCUUCAUCAUGGGCAUCCACGUCAUCGACAGGGAUCACGGAAUUCUGUCUCCGCCGGAGGCUCCCGGCCUGGCCCUGCCGCGCCUGAAUCCCAGCGUUCCUUCCCUCCCUCCAUCCAACGGCUCCGGGGGAUUUUAUUGGGAAUUGGAUCACGGAAUUCUGUCUCCGCCGGAGGCUCCCGGCCUGGCCCUGCCGCGCCUGAAUCCCAGCGUUCCUUCCCUCCCUCCAUCCAACGGCUCCGCUCCUCAUCCCGCCAAUCCCGGCUCCGGGAGUUUCGGGAACGCUCCGGGAUCCGCCUUAAGCCAAAGCCCCGGGAAUUCCCACCCUUUAUCCCGCGGCGGCUCCCCCAUGAACAGCCCCGGAAUUCCGGCGUCGCAAUUCCUGUCCCCCCGGCACCGCGGCAGCCCCGGAGCCGCUCCCAGGUCCCGCGGGUCCGCCGGGAAUCCUUUCCCGCCUCCUUCCUCCUCCUCCUCCUCGUCCGGCGGCAAUUCCCGGCCUUUUCCCAACUCCACGCUUCCCGAUCCAUCGGCGUUCCCGCGGCAACCCAGCUCCCAAAACUCUCCGGGACGUUUGGGCGGGAAGAACGAAUCCAAGGACGGCGAUCCCGACAAAACGGCCGACGCCGGAAUUCCGGGAAUUCUCCCGGGAUCGGACGGGAACGAUGCCAAGUGUCCUCCCCAAGCCACCAGCCAGCGGCUGGUGCAGCUCCUGGCCAGCACGGCCGAGCAGCAGCUGCGGCACCGCGGCGAUCCCGAAAUUCCCAAGGAUUCUUUGGGAUCGGGAGCGGGGAAUUGCGGCGGUUCCUCGUCGUCGUGUCCGUCGUCGCACAGCUCGCUGACGGAGCGCCACAAAAUCCUGCACCGGCUGCUCCAGGAGGGAAAUCCCACGGAUCCUGCGGCGGGGAGUAACGAGGAGAAGAAGGAGAACAACGGGAACGCGGCGCCGGAGAAAAAGGAAUCCAAGGAUCAUCAGCUGCUCCGGUACCUCCUGGAUAAGGACGAGAAGGAGUCGGGAGCCGGGAUCAGCCUGGACGACGUCAAGGUCAAGAUGGAAAAGGGGGAAAAUUCCGAGGCCGUUCCCAAAAUUCCCGUGGGAGAAGAGGGAAAGGCGGAGCCGCAGGGGCAGUUCUCGGCCGAGCUGGAGCAGCUGGAUCAGCUCCUGCCUUCCUUGGAAAAACCGGCGCCGAUUCCCGGGAUUUGCGGCCCGGAAAGGAACGAAUCCGGAAAUUCCGGAGUGUCCGGAGGGACCAGAGCCCCCGCGGGAAUUCCGGAGCUGGAGCUGGGCGUGGCCGAGGCCGGUUUGGGAAUCGCGGGGAUCGCGGGGAUCGCGGAGCCGGUGCCGUGGGCGGAUCCGGGAACGUCGGCGCUGCCCCGCGGGGCCCUGCCCAAGGACGAGCCGUGCCCCCUGGACGAGCUGCUGUGCCCGCCCACCACGGCCGAGGGCCGCAGCGACGAGAAGGCGCUGCUGGAGCAGUUGGUCAAUUUCCUGAGCGGGAAGGACGAGACGGAGCUGGCGGAGCUCGACCGCGCCCUCGGCAUCGACAAACUCGUCCAGGGCGGCGGCCUGGAAGCGUUGACGGAGCGAUUCCAACCCCACCAAUCCACGCCCUCCCCGCUGCUCCUGGAGCAAAAACCGGGAAUGUUCUCCCAAACUUUCCCACCUUCCUCAUCCUCCUCAUCCUCCUCCUCCUCCUCCUCCUCCUCCUCGGCCUCUCCGAGCGCCAACAUUCCUGGGAAUUUCCCGGGAAUGCUCCGGCAGAAAGCGCCGCCCUUCGGAGCCGUCGCCGUCCCUCCUCCUCCUCCUCCUCCUCCUCCUCCUCCUCCCGCCCGUGGAACAUUCCCGAAUAAUUCCAUGGGAAUUCCGGCCCGGCAGCCUCUGAGCCGCCCUCCCAGCGCUCCCAACCAGCUCCGCCUGCAGCUCCAGCAGCGCCUCCAGGGCCAGCAGCAGCUGAUCCAUCAGAACCGCCAGGCGCUCCUCAACCAGUUUGGAUCUCCCGUGGGGAUCUCCAUGAGGCCGGGGAUGCAGCAGCAGCUGGCGCCGCAGCCGCCGCUGAACGCUCAGAUGUUGGCGCAGCGGCAGCGCGAGCUCUACAGCCAACAGCACCGGCAGCGGCAGCUGAUGCAGCAACGCGCCCUCCUCAUGCGGCAGCAGAAUUUCGGGAAUUCCGCCGCCGGAAUUCCCAUGGGAAACCCGAGGUUGGCUCAAGCCCCGCCCCAGCAGUUCCCGUAUCCCCCCGGUUACGGUACGAACGCCGGGAAUGCCGGCGGAUCCGCGUUCUCCGGAGAGGCGGCGGCGUUGGGGAAUCGUGGAUCGCUGGGGAAUCGCGGGAUGAUGGGAGCGCAGUUCGGAGCCGGAGCCGGGAUGGGCCCGGCGGGGAUCCAGCAGAAUUUGUUCCAAUAUUCGGGAUCAGGGAUGGCGCAGCAGAGCGACGGCGCCUUCGCGCCCGCGCUGAGCCCCGGCAGCCCCCUGAUGUCACCGCAGCUGCCGCCGGCGCCGCCCGCGCCCGGAUACCAAUCGCCGGAAGUGAAAUCAUGGAAUAACGGGGUGUUCGGGCAGGCUCCGGCGGCUCCGGCGGCUCCGGCGGGAAUGUACAACAACAUGAGCAUCACCGUGUCCAUGGGCGGCUCCGGCGGCACCGGCGCCGUUCCCAGCAUGGCAGCCAUGGCCGGCGGAAUUCCCAUGAAUUCCAUGAUGGCCGGGAUGAAUUCCAUGUGCUCCGAGCAGGUCCCGGACGCGGCGCUGAGACCUCCAGGGCUCUUCUGUAACCAGCUGGGCUCCGGGGAGCUGCUCAAGGCCGAGCCCGACGGCGCCCAGGUCCAGCAGGUCCAGGUGUUCGCCGACGUCCAGUGCACGGUGAAUUUGGUGGGAGAUCCCUACCUCAACCCGCCGGCUCCGUUGGCCAAUCCCAAAAAUCCCGCUCCGCCGCCUCCGCCGGGACAAGGGAAGAGCCUCCUGCAGCAGCUGCUGACGGAAUAAAAUCCCCGGGAAAACGUCGGGAAUUCCCAAAAAAAAAAAAAAAAAAAAAAAAAA